UCCCAUGAUUCUGCUUUCCGUUUCUGUCUGUCUUAGAAGGUCGUGCCGGGCGAGAAGAGAAGCAGUCGAGUUUGAAUUCAAGAAAGACGACCGCAGUCAUGUUUGGUCAGGCUGUUCGCAGGUUCACUACCUCCGCCAUUCGCAGGUCUCAUUAUGAAGAUGGACCAGGAAAGAACCUUCCUUUCUCUAUUGAGAACAAAUGGAGGCUGUUGGGGAUGAUGGUUGUCUUCUUUGGCAGUGGGUUCACCUUCCCUUUCAUUGUUGUCAGGCACCAGCUGUUGAAGAAAUGAAGUUCUACUGUUUCAUUGAAUACAAGGUCUGCAUUAUCUGUGGAAAUAUUUAUCCUGCAGAAUAAAGAAUGGAAAAACUUACUUUGUAAAUAAACUGGAUACAAAGAGA